AUGACGGUCGGUUCCUGUCUAAUCACAGGUGGCGCAGGCUAUAUUGGCUCUUUCACAGCUCUUGCCCUUCUCGAAGCUGACUACGAAGUCAUCGUGGUCGAUAAUCUUUACAAUGCAUCACCGGAAGCCCUGAACAGAAUAGAGCUCAUCUGUGGCAAAAAACCUGCCUUCUACAAUGUUGACAUGAUAGACCAGAAAGCUCUAGAGGACGUCUUCUCCAAGCACCCAGCAAUCGACAGCGUCAUACACUUUGCUGCGUUAAAAGCUGUUGGUGAAUCAGGCGAGAUACCUUUGGAAUACUACCGGGUCAAUGUCCAGGGCACGCUCUCUCUACUUGCUGCCGCUGCCAAAAAUGGUGUUACCAACAUAGUAUACUCCUCCUCUGCCACCGUCUAUGGUGAUGCGACUCGUUUCCCGAAUAUGAUCCCAAUUCCAGAAGAGUGCCCGCUGGGUCCUACCAACCCUUAUGGCAACACCAAGUAUGCUUCGGAGCUCAUGAUUACCGAUCACAUCAAUGCUGAAAGAGCCAAGGCAAACAAAGCUGGAAAGUCGGAGGAUGCUGCCAAGUGGAACGCUGCUUUGCUGAGAUACUUCAAUCCUUGCGGUUCACAUCCAUCUGGCAUUAUGGGUGAAGAUCCAGCUGGCGUGCCAUACAAUUUGCUGCCCUUGCUUGCUCAGGUUGCAACUGGCAAACGGGAAAAGCUUCUUGUCUUUGGCGAUGAUUAUUCCUCACAUGACGGGACUGCAAUUCGAGACUACAUUCACAUCCUUGAUCUUGCUCAAGGUCAUUUGGCUGCCCUCAAUUACCUUCGCAAGCACAGCCCGGGUGUGCGGCCUUGGAACUUGAGUACUGGUCGAGGCAGCACUGUCUUCGAGAUGAUUGAAGCGUUCAGCAAGGCCGUUGGUAGAGAUCUGCCGUAUCAAGUUGUCGACCGAAGACCUGGUGACGUCCUCGAUCUGACCGGCAAGCCUACUAGAGCAAACAAUGAGCUUGGCUGGAAGACGCAAAGAACUAUGGAGGACGCUUGCCAAGAUCUAUGGCGAUGGACGAAAAAUAAUCCUGAAGGCUAUCGGCAACAGCCACCAAAAGACCUGCUGGAUCGCCUAGAAACGAUGAAGGCGGAAGGCAAAAUUGCCAUGACAGCCAAGCAACCUCCUGUAUGA